UUGCGGCUUCUUUCCGUUGCUGCGCGCGCUGCAGGACGGCAGCCUGCUGGCGGCGUGGCGCGAGGCCAGCGCCCAUGCUUCUGCUCCUUCGGCCGCACCGUGGCGGCGCGCUCGACCGACGGCGGGCGCAGCUGGAGCGAGCCGUGGGUGAUCUUCACGCUGCCGGGCACGGUCGACGCCGGCGGUCCCGAGGACCUGGUGCAGACCGCCGACGGCACCCUGUGGAUGGGCGCCUGGAGCCGCGUCCCGGGGCAGCAGGCGGGCACCCAGGGCCACCAGAUCGCCACCGCCUACGCGCUGUACUCGCAGGACGACGGCCGCACCUGGGUCACCCUGCCGCCGCUCGGCGACCACUUCUACCCGGCGUCGCCGGAGCUGGCGAUGUCCAACGGCGAGUUCCUGUGGCGCGGCAGCGUCCCGGCGCCCGGGAGGCGGGGCUGA